GCAUCUCUUUCAAAAGGGUCUUGGAGGCUGCUGAUGCUACGGUAGAGUGAAUACCACCUGUCAUAUCGUCCCCGAGAGGACCUUUUCCCCUCCCCCUACAGUCACCACCACAAUGCCGCAGUCCGAGGAGGUCGCCCUCCCUUCCAGCCCUCUGGCUGGAGGCGCAGUGGCCUACAGCCAGAUCAACAAGGAACUGCAGCCGCUUCCCCCGAUGGAAGCUCACAACGGAGCCGUAAUCCCCCCCGCCUCGUCUCCAUACCGGGGCAGCAAUGGGAGGAUGGUCUCCCUCGAGCUCGAGGAUGGCACUGUCUACCAAGGCUACAGCUUUGGUGCCGAGAAGAGUGUGGCGGGUGAAUUGGUCUUCCAGACCGGUAUGGUGGGAUACCCAGAGUCAGUCACGGAUCCCUCCUACCGGGGCCAAAUCCUCGUCAUCACUUUCCCUCUAGUGGGCAACUAUGGUGUUCCCUCCCGGGAGGCCAUGGAUGAGUUGUUGAAGACUCUGCCAAAGCAUUUUGAGUCCACAGAGAUUCACAUCGCAGGCUUGGUCGUUGCAACCUAUGCUGGGGAAGAAUAUUCUCACUUCCUUGCUCAAUCAUCCCUUGGCCAGUGGCUGAAGGAACAGGGUGUCCCUGCCGUGCAUGGCGUGGAUACCCGUGCUCUCACCAAGCGCAUUCGUCAGAAGGGUAGCAUGCUGGGUCGUGUGCUGCUGCAGAAGUCAGAGACCGUCAGUGACACCACAGUGAUCCCGACGGAGAAGGAUAGCUGGAGGCCAUUCUUCGAACAAACCGAAUGGGUUGACCCCAACAAGAAGAACCUGGUUGCUGAAGUCUCCAUUCGGGAACCCAAGCUCUUCUCCCCCCCUGAGAAUGUCGCCCUUAAACACCCCUCCGGCCGCCCAGUCCGCGUCCUCUGCUUGGAUGUGGGGUUGAAGUUCAACCAGCUGCGCUGUUUGCUCGCCCGCGGUGUCGAAGUCCUGGUCGUCCCUUGGGAUUAUGACUUCCCUACUCUUGCUGGAAAAGACUAUGACGGUCUGUUCGUCUCGAACGGUCCCGGUGACCCGGCUACGCUUUCAACUACCGUCAACAACCUUUCCAAGACCCUCAAGGAGGGAAGAACUCCUGUAUUCGGUAUUUGCUUGGGUCACCAGCUGAUCGCACGUUCCGUCGGUGCCCAGACGUCGAAGAUGAAGUUCGGUAACCGCGGCCACAACAUCCCAUGCACCAGCAUGGUCACUGGAAAGUGCCACAUUACCUCCCAGAACCACGGUUACGCUGUGGAUUCCACCAGUCUCCCCGAGGGCUGGGAGGAACUCUUCGUCAAUGCCAACGAUGGUAGCAACGAGGGUAUCCGGCACGUCAGCCGUCCAUUCUUCAGCGUCCAGUUUCACCCUGAAAGCACCCCUGGUCCUAGAGACACCGAGUUCUUGUUCGAUGUGUUCAUCAACACCAUCCAAGACACCCUUGCUUCUCCAGAGGCUCUCCAGAAGCCUGUGUCCUUCCCUGGUGGCACGAAGGAAGAGAAUAGCAAACUUGCUCCUCGUGUGUCCGUGAAGAAGGUCCUUAUCUUGGGUAGCGGUGGUCUCAGCAUUGGACAAGCCGGUGAAUUCGACUACUCCGGAAGUCAGGCCAUUAAGGCCUUGAAAGAAGAAGGCAUCUACACUGUCUUGAUCAACCCCAACAUUGCCACCAUUCAGACUUCCAAGGGCUUGGCCGAUAAGGUCUACUUCCUUCCCGUGAAUGCAGACUUUGUGCGCAAGGUUAUCAAGCAUGAGCGGCCCGAUGCUAUCUACGUCACAUUCGGUGGUCAGACCGCGCUUCAGGUCGGUAUUCAACUCAAGGAUGAGUUCGAGUCCCUUGGUGUCAAGGUUCUUGGUACGCCGAUUGACACCAUCAUCACCACUGAAGAUCGUGAGCUGUUCGCCCGCAGCAUGGAAUCUAUCAAUGAGAAGUGCGCUAAGUCCGCAUCUGCAUCCAACUUGGAGGAGGCGCUCCGUGUUGUCGAGGACAUUAAGUUCCCCGUCAUCGUCCGUGCUGCCUACGCUCUUGGAGGUCUCGGCAGUGGAUUUGCAGAGAACAUGGAUCAGCUGAAGGAACUUUGCACCAAGGCCUUUGCUGCCAGCCCUCAGGUCUUGAUCGAGAAGAGUAUGAAGGGUUGGAAGGAAAUCGAGUACGAAGUCGUUCGUGAUGCCAGAGACAACUGCAUCACCGUCUGUAAUAUGGAGAACUUCGAUCCUCUUGGUAUCCAUACCGGUGACUCGAUCGUUGUCGCUCCUUCUCAGACUCUCUCUGAUGAGGACUACAACAUGCUGCGUACAACUGCUGUCAAUGUCAUUCGCCACCUUGGUGUUGUCGGUGAAUGUAACAUUCAGUAUGCGCUGAACCCAUUCUCAAAGGAGUACUGCAUCAUCGAAGUCAAUGCUCGUUUGUCUAGAUCUUCCGCCCUUGCUUCGAAGGCCACUGGUUAUCCGCUUGCCUUCAUCGCAGCCAAGCUUGGCCUGGGCAUUCCGUUGAACGAGAUCAAGAACUCCGUCACCAAGGUCACCUGCGCAUGCUUCGAGCCUUCCCUGGAUUACUGUGUUGUGAAGAUUCCCCGCUGGGACCUCAAGAAGUUCACUCGUGUGUCCACCCAGCUCGGCUCAUCCAUGAAGAGUGUUGGUGAAGUCAUGAGCAUUGGACGGACCUUCGAAGAAGCUAUUCAGAAGGCUAUCCGCUCCGUUGACUUCCACAACCUCGGCUUCAACGAGACUGAUGCCCUCAUGUCUAUCAAGGGUGAAUUGCAGACUCCUUCUGACCAGCGUCUCUUUGCUAUUGCCAAUGCUAUGGCCGCUGGCUAUAGUGUCGAUGACAUCUGGAAGCUUACUCAGAUCGACAAAUGGUUCCUCCACAGACUCAAGGGUCUCAGUGAUUUCAGCAAACUCAUGACUUCUUACAACGCGACGAGCGUGCCUCGGCCACUGAUCCGCCAGGCCAAGGAGCUCGGUUUCUCGGAUCGACAACUUGCCAAGUUCCUUAGCUCUAACGAACUCGCUAUCAGACGUCUGCGUGUUGAGUCUGGCAUUAUCCCCAUCGUGAAGCAGAUCGAUACGGUUGCUGCUGAGUUCCCCUCAGUCACCAACUACCUGUACCUCACCUACAAUGCCUCUGAGCAUGAUGUCAACUUCAACGAUAAUGGCAUCAUGGUCCUUGGAUCUGGUGUUUAUCGUAUCGGUUCUUCUGUCGAGUUUGAUUGGUGUUCUGUGCGUGCUAUUCGCACUCUCCGUGAACAAGGCCACAAGACUGUCAUGGUCAACUACAACCCGGAAACCGUCAGUACUGACUAUGACGAAGCCGACCGGUUGUAUUUUGAGAACAUCAACCUGGAAACUGUCCUCGACAUCUACCAGUUGGAAUCUUCCAGCGGCGUGAUCAUUUCCAUGGGCGGUCAGACUCCCAACAACAUCGCCUUGCCUUUGCACCGCUUGAAUGUCCGCAUUCUCGGCACCUCUCCCGAGAUGAUCGAUGGCGCUGAGAACCGUUACAAGUUCUCCCGCAUGCUUGACCGUAUCGGGGUGGACCAGCCUGCUUGGAAGGAACUCACUAGCAUUGAAGAAGCUACUGGAUUCUGUGACAAGGUUGGCUACCCUGUGCUUGUCAGACCCUCUUACGUGCUUUCAGGAGCUGCCAUGAACACUGUUUACUCCGAGCAUGACUUGGCCAGUUACCUCAACCAGGCUGCUGAGGUUUCUCGGGAGCACCCUGUGGUUAUUACCAAGUACAUCGAGAAUGCCAAGGAAAUCGAGAUGGAUGCUGUGGCUCGCAACGGUGUCAUGGUCGGACACUUUAUCUCUGAACACGUUGAGAAUGCCGGUGUUCACUCCGGUGAUGCAACUUUGAUUUUACCCCCCCAGGACUUGGAUCCCGAGACUGUGCGUCGGAUCGAGGAGGCCACCAGGAAGAUUGGAAAUGCUUUGAACGUUACUGGACCUUACAACAUCCAGUUCAUUGCCAAGGACAAUGAUAUCAAGGUCAUCGAAUGUAACGUUAGAGCUUCCCGCUCUUUCCCGUUCGUCUCCAAGGUUAUGGGCGUUGAUCUUAUUGAGAUGGCUACCAAGGCGAUGAUUGGCGUUCCUUUCGCUGAGUAUCCUCCCGUCUCUAUCCCCAAGGACUACGUUGGUGUGAAGGUGCCCCAGUUCUCCUUCUCCCGUCUCUCUGGCGCCGAUCCUGUCUUGGGUGUCGAGAUGGCCUCCACCGGAGAAGUCGCGUCUUUCGGCCGUGACAAGUACGAAGCCUACCUCAAGGCCCUGAUCUCCACCGGGUUCCGCCUCCCCAAGCGCAACGUGCUGUUUUCUAUCGGUUCCUUCAAGGAGAAGAUGGAGAUGUUGCCUUCGAUCCGCAAGCUCCACCAGAUUGGAUUCAACCUUUUUGCCACCGCUGGUACCGCCGACUUCCUGAAGGAGAACGGCGUCCCCGUCAAGUACCUUGAGAUUCUUCCCGGCGAGGAUGAAGACAUCAAGUCCGAGUACUCGCUCACUCAGCACUUGGCCAACAACCUGAUUGACCUGUACAUCAACCUGCCGUCCAACAACCGGUUCAGACGUCCUGCCAACUACAUGAGUAAGGGUUACCGCACUCGUCGUAUGGCUGUUGACUACCAGACUCCUCUGGUCACCAAUGUCAAGAACGCUAAGAUCCUGAUCGAGGCCAUUGCUCGUCACUUUGCUCUCAACGUGCAGACCAUUGACUACCAGACCAGUCACCGCACCAUCAUCCUUCCAGGCUUGAUCAACGUCGCUGCUUUCGUGCCCAACCUGAUGACUCUUGGAUCCAAUGAUUUCCAGCUCAUGACCAAAGCUUCCAUUGCCGCUGGUUUCAGCAUGGUUCGCGUGAUGCCCGUUGGUGUUGACGCCUCGGUAACCGAUGCUCGCGCCCUGAAGACUGCCCAGCAGAAUGCCCAGAAGACCUCCUUCUGUGACUAUAACUUCUCUGUUGUGGCCACCGCCACCAACGCGGACCAAAUCGAACAGGUGACGGGAGACGUGGGCUCGCUCUUCAUCCCCUUCAACCACCUUUCUGGCAACAUCAGCAAGGUUGCUGCGGUCACCAGCCACUUCGCUGCCUGGCCUUCCAGCAAGCCUAUCAUCACCGAUGCCAAGUCGACUGACCUGGCCUCCGUGCUGCUCUUGGCGAGCCUCCACAGCCGCAACAUCCAUGUGAUGAGCGUGACGUCUAAGGAGGACAUCGGCCUCAUCGCUCUUAGCAAGGAGAAGGGACUCAAGGUGACAUGCGACGUUUCCAUCUUCUCUCUUUUCCUUUCCAAGGAUGACUACCCCGAGUGCAGCGCUCUGCCCUCGGUCGAGGAUCAAAAGGCUCUGUGGGAGCACCUCACCACUAUCGACGUUUUCUCCAUCGGUAGCAUUCCCUACCAGCUGGCUGGUGAUAAGGGAUCCCCCGUGGUCGGUAUCGCCGAGUCCCUGCCGCUGCUGUUCACCGCCGUCUCGGAGGGUCGCCUGACUGUUGACGAUAUCAUCGCCCGUCUCUACGAGAAUCCCAAGAAGAUCUUCGAGUUGCAUGACCAGGCCGACAGCUCUGUCGAGAUCGAGAUUGACCGCCCGUACUUGUACCAGAGCCCCCAUGCUUGGUCCCCUCUCAACGGCAAGAGCGUUAGGGGUGCUGUGCAGCGCGUCAUCUUCCAGGGCAAGACUUCCUGCCUCGAUGGUGAGAUCAUCUCUGAUGCUUCUACUGGAAGGGAUAUGUCUGGUCACCGGAUUGUGCCCGCCUCUCCUUCCGUGAAGGCCAUGUCUCCCCUGGUUCAUGCCCGCCCCGAGAGCUCCCUUGACCGGAGACUGUCCUUCUCUGCCACACCUCUGCGGCCAGGGCGUAAGCUUGCUGAGCAGACCCCGGCUCCUGCCGUAGGCGAGCUGGGACCUCCUCUGUACGCUCCCGUUCCUCAAGUCUCUUCCUCUCUGCUCCAGAUGCUCUCUCGGUCUCCCUUCAGACAGAAGCACGUCCUUUCCGUCAACCAGUUCACUCGGUCUGAUCUGCACUUGCUUUUCACCGUGGCUCAGGAGAUGCGUCUGGGUGUCCAACGCCAAGGUGUGCUUGACAUCCUGAAGGGUCGCGUGCUGUGCACCCUAUUCUAUGAGCCGUCCACCCGGACAUCGGCUUCUUUCGAUGCUGCUAUGCAGCGUCUGGGCGGCCGGACCAUUGCCAUCUCUACCGAGCACUCUUCGACGAAGAAGGGCGAGACCCUGCAGGACACCCUCCGCACCCUUGCCUGCUACGGAGACGCCGUUGUUCUGCGCCACCCUGAUCCUAGCAGCGCCGAAACCGCCGCCAAGUUCUCGCCCGUGCCGGUUCUUAACGGCGGCAACGGUAGCGUUGAGCACCCCACCCAGGCCUUCCUCGACCUCUUCACCAUCCGUGAAGAGCUUGGAACUGUUGGUGGCCUGACGAUCACCUUCACUGGUGACCUGCGUUACGGCCGGACUGUUCACUCGCUGAUCAAGCUGCUCCAGUUCUACGACGUGCAGGUGCAGCUUGUUGCGCCCAAGGAUCUUUCCCUGCCGGAGGAGGUCCGUCAACAAAUCAUUGCGUCCGGACAGCUAGUGGUGGAGUCGGAGGUGUUGACCCCCGAGAUCGUUGCCCGCUCCGAUGUUCUGUACUCGACCCGGGUGCAGAAGGAGCGGUUCGCCGACCUGGCCCAGUACGAGCGCCUGAAGAACAGCUUUGUCAUUGACAACGCUCUUCUGAAGCACGCCAAGAGCCACAUGGUCGUGAUGCACCCUCUGCCCCGGAACGCGGAGAUCUCGGAGGAGGUUGAUUUUGACCAGCGGGCCGCCUACUUCCGCCAGAUGAGAUAUGGUCUCUACUGCCGUAUGGCUCUGCUUGCGUUGAUCCUGGCGCCUUAGGUCAUUCGGGGGUUUUGACGAUAUACGAACUGAGGGAAGCGGAUACUCUCUGUGGACCUCGACGCAGCUUGUGUGAUUUACGUUGCGUGUUUCAGCAUUGGCUGGUGUUUUUC